AUGUCUGUAGUUGAAGACUUCUCAAAGUUAUGUCUGGCUGAUAAGCCAGCUGGCGCUAUCGCUACCAAGUCUUUGGUCUUCAAGCCAAAAACCGCUAAGAGUGCCACACCAGUCCCUAUUGUUGUCGUUGCAUUACAAACUACCACAACUUCUUCCGGUUUGAUUGCCCAGGAGGCCGCCGCUAAGGAUCCUAGAUUAGCUCGUGAUGAUCUAAUGAAAUCCUUCUUCAGUUGUGAAUCCGCCAGAGGUUUCACUUUAGCUUACUUGCCAAGUGCUGUUUCUGAAUUUACAUUGUUGAUUGACCAACAACUAGAAGCUACCGAUGACUCAGCUGUUCUUCAAUUAAAUGAUGAUCUAUUUAUUACUAAGGCUGAAUUAUUCAAGUUCUUAUCUACUUACGCCAAGAAGGUCGUUGAUUUUUCAAAGGAAGUCGCUAAAGACCCUCCACCAAAGAAGGCCAAGGACGCCAAGAAGGUUGCACAACCAUCUAACGCAACUCUGGAUGAUGCUAAGUUGAUCGGUAUUACCGUCGAUAAGGCCAAGGACUUCCCAGGCUGGUACCAACAAGUUUUAACCAAAGGUGAAAUGUUAGAUUACUAUGAUGUCUCCGGUUGUUACAUUUUGAGGCCACCGUCUUAUGCCAUCUGGGAACAAAUUCAAAAAUACUUUGAUGCAAAGAUCAAGGCUUUGGGUGUCCAAAAUGCUUAUUUCCCAAUGUUCGUCUCUUCCCGUGUCCUAGAGAAAGAAAAGGAUCAUGUCGAAGGUUUUGCUCCAGAAGUAGCAUGGGUUACAAGAGCUGGUUCCUCUGAGCUUGAUGAACCAAUUGCUAUCAGACCAACUUCUGAAACUGUAAUGUACCCAUACUACGCCAAAUGGGUUCAAUCCUACAGAGAUCUUCCAUUGAAAUUAAACCAAUGGAACUCUGUUGUUAGAUGGGAAUUUAAGCACCCACAGCCUUUCCUAAGAACUAGAGAAUUCUUAUGGCAAGAAGGUCACACUGCUUUCUUAGAAUCUGCCGAAGCUCAAGAAGAAGUUCUACAAAUCUUAGAUUACUAUGCAGGUGUUUAUGAAGAAUUAUUAGCUGUCCCAGUUAUCAAGGGUAAGAAAACCGAAAAGGAAAAAUUCGCUGGUGGUGAUUUCACUACCACCGUGGAAGGUUACAUUCCACAAACAGGUCGUGGUAUCCAAGGUGGUACUUCUCAUCAUUUGGGUCAAAACUUCUCUAAGAUGUUUAACUUAUCUGUUGAAAACCCUCUAGGUGCUGAACAUCCAAAGAUUUUUGCCUACCAAAAUUCUUGGGGUCUUUCCACCCGUACUAUUGGUGUCAUGGUAAUGAUUCACUCUGAUAACAAGGGUCUAGUCAUUCCACCACGUGUCUCUCAAUUCCAAGCUGUUGUUAUCCCAGUCGGUAUUACCAAGAAGACCACCGAUGAACAACGUUCUUUAAUCCAUGAGUCAGCUAAGGAUAUCGAAUCUCGUUUGAAGAAGUCUGGUAUCAGAGCAUUCGGUGAUUACAACGAUAACUACACCCCAGGUUGGAAAUUUUCCCAAUAUGAACUAAAGGGUAUUCCAAUCCGUAUUGAAAUGGGUCCAAAGGAUCUAGAAAACAACCAAGUUGUUGUUGUGCGUAGAAACGAUUCUCGUAAGUACACCGUUAAGUUAGACGAGCUUGAAACCCGUAUCCCAGAAAUUCUAGAUGAAUUGCAUAAUGAUUUAUAUAACAGAGCCAAGGAAUUAUUUGACACUCACAGAGUUAUUGUUGAUGAAUGGAAGGAUUUCGUUCCAAACUUAAACAAGAAGAACAUUAUUUUGUCACCAUGGUGUGGUGUCAUGGAUUGUGAAGAAGAUAUUAAGGACUCUUCUGCUAAACAAGAUGAUGGUGAAGAGAUUGAAACUGAUGACAAGUCCCCAUCUAUGGGUGCUAAAUCUUUAUGUAUCCCAUUUGAACAACCGGAAUUAAAGGAAGGUCAAAUGUGUGUCAAAUGUGACCGUAAAGCUAUUAAUUACACCAUGUUUGGUCGUUCUUACUAG